AUGGUUACCCCGUUGGAGAAAGCGAUUGAGAGGUAUAUUGAUGGUUUACCUGAUUCUGUGCAAGACAUUGUGACUGGUAGUAAUCCUACCACUGUUCGUCAAGUGAUCGAAUUGGCUACUACUCUGACCGAGUCUCAUGUCAGAAAAGGUAAAUUGACCCGCCAGGGUGAUAAAAAGCAAUCAGCUGAUGCAGCCCAAGAUAAAGGAAAGGGUAAGGGUAAGAAGAAAGGUGCGUCUUCUAGGAGGUCGAGGAAGCGCAAGGCUUCCCAGAAUUUUGCUGUUACUGCACAGAAUGCUCAGAACCCACCAGCACCACCUCCUGCGAAGAAGCAAUAUGCUGGUACUGCACCUCACUGUGCUCGAUGCAAUGGUCAUCAAGCGACCCAACAGGCUUGCAAACAGUGUACUACUUGUGGUAAACUUGGGCAUCUAGCCAACAUUUGUCGUUUGGGUCAGAAUCAAGCUACGCAGAAUCCAACACAAGCUCAGGGGAAUGCUGCUAGAUGCCCACCAGGUUUGUGUUACAACUGCGGUGAAAUGGGUCAUUUCCGUAACAACUGUCCAAGGUUUGCAAACCCGAACACGAAUGCUAAUCCGAAUGUCAAUGCGAAUGCCAAUAGGUUUGUGGCGAGAAACCAUCUGGUGGAUUGA